AUGCGGACUGCUACGCAAGCCGAUCUUAUCCAGCUUGUGAUCAACUAUACGAAGUCCGGAAACUGGCUCGAGGUCAACUGUCAUUCUCCCCUGUGGCACUACUACAAACGCAGAAAUACCAUGACGACAGUCAAAGGAUGUCUGCUCACUGCAUCCCGCACAGUGAUUCCAAAAUCACAUCGUGUUCUUUCAGAACUACACAAAGCUCAUCCAGGUCAAACAAGAAUGAAAAUGCUUGCAAGAAGCUUUGUCUAUUGGCCUACGAUGGAUUCGAACAUCGAAAAACUCGUCAAGGCCGGCCCAAGAUGUGCAUCCGUGGCAAAGGAUCCGAUAAAAGCUGAACUACAUCCAUGGCCGAAACCACACUCGUCAUGGACUCAAGUUCAGGCUGAUUUUGCUGGACCGAUGGAAGGACGAUGUUAUCUAUUUAUCGUGGAAGCCUAUUCCAGGUAG